AUGUCCCCAUCGUCAUUCCUAUCAUCCUCUACUAUUGAACCUGUAUUUAUUGAUGUUACAAAUGACACCACAAGUUCAGAGACAACACAAACAAUAACUCAUACAACAGAAGACAUUACAGCUGUGAUGCCAGAGCAAUCUGCUGAGGACGAAAAUGAGUCAGAAACAGGUUUCACAGCAACUGCUACAUUUGCUGCUGCCGGUGCUGCCGCUGGUAUGCUUACCGUCUACGGUCUGUCUAAAACAUUGUUUAAAAAACUGGACACAUCAUCCGUCAGCCCCAAUAAAGAUGUUGGUGGGAACACCUCCGAUAAAGGGGAUACAUCAAACAUUGAUACAUCAAUGACAAACACAGCAAAAAAUGGAACAGAAAAAGAAAAACAGACUAGCAAUCAUUUACCAUUUCCUAGGGACGACGAUGAUGAUAAAAAACGUCGGAGAUAUGCUGAACAAAGUGCAGUUGAAGAUGAAAACGGACUAGACCUGAUAUACGUCUAAUGACAGAACGAUUGAGACAAAAACAAACUUCUGUGGUUUUCUUUUGAUAUUUAUCUUUUAACUUACUGCAGCAUAAUAUCCAAAAAAUUCUAACAAAAAGUUUGAAAGAGAAAAGAAAGAACAGAUCACCAUGAAUAUGCUACUAUUGUUGUAAUUGUGCAAACUCUUUUGCUUUCUUUUUGUUUGUGAUAUCAACA